AUGCUGACAAGGAAUGUAAAAAGUUUCGAGAAUCUAACUUUACGAUCCACCCUAAUGCUAUUUAUACAAGUCGACCUCUUAGCAAACACAUAUCCGAAUGCAUUACUUUGAUUGAUUCGGAACAAAUAGAAUUAUUAUUUGUUGUUGAAUUCUUUAAAACGAUAAGUCAGUCAUCCCAUUAA